AUGGUUUCCGUAUCAUGUCUCUACAUUCUCGUCACUGCUUUUAUUCUUCGGCGUGCCGUAGCUCACCAGGAUGUGAGUAAAUCAAAAACAGAAGUUGUGCCCACAGCUAAGGAACUCCGACUGCCAGAGACUUUAUCACCGAUUUCAUAUGAUUUAACCAUCCGAAUCUACUUGAAAGGAUUCGUGCAGAUAGCGGCUAAGAAGGAAUCGACAUUCGACGCUGUUCUAAGAAUCAAAUUUCGCGUUAACCAAGCAACCGACAAAAUUGUUUUGAAUGCACUCAAUCUCAAUCUUAAUGAAGACCCGAAAGCGUACAACUUAACGGGCUUGAAUGAGGUGAAAACACCUGAGGUAUCUCAUAACAGAACAUUACUGAACACAAUUGUUACAGACCGAAUCAAAAGGCUGAAAGAUAGCUGUGAACAUGAAAUGAAACUGAUUUCUUUCAGUGAUGAUGCUAAUUGGGUCUCGACAGAAUUUAAAGAAACCUUGAAAAUGUCGUCAUAUCUAGUUGCGUUGACAGUUUCCGAGCUCGACUUCGUAGAAGGACGAACGAGUGGAGAUACGCGGGUUCGCAUCUGGGCACGAAGUGAGGGGAUCAAUCAGACAGCAUAUGCCCUUAGCGCAGGGAUCAAGGCACUAGAAUUUUUCGAACAAUUUUAUGGUAUUAAAUACCCACUCGAAAAACAAGGUGAAGUUGAAAUGUUUGAUAGACACGAGGACGAUGACAUUUCAGACAUGGUUGCAUUGCCGGAUUUCGCAGCAGGAGCGAUGGAAAACUGGGGUCUUAUUACCUAUCGGGAGAAACUUUUGUUAUACGAUAGCACUUCAUACGCGCCACGUCAAAAGAUGGACGUCGCAAACGUGAUAGCACAUGAACUGGCGCAUCAAUUCAUCACUGCAUUACUCGACAACACAAACAAACACACGAUUGACGUUAUUCACGUCUUUGAUCAUGCGUGUAAUUUUCAGUGGUUUGGCAACCUUGUGACAAUGAAAUGGUGGAAUGAUCUAUGGCUCAAUGAAGGUUUCGCGUCUUUUAUGGAGUAUUUGGGAGCGAACGCAAUCAGUGAUAACAAUUUUGAAAUGAAUGAUUUCUUUGCGUAUGAUGCCAUCGAAACUGCUCUUGAGAGGGAUGCAUACGCCAGUUCACAUCCACUUUUCUUCGAAAUCGAAAAAGCCGAAGAUUUGGUGUCCGUGUUCGACGGAAUAACCUACAAAAAGGGUGCAUCUAUAAUUCGCAUGAUCGAGGCAGUAAUGGGUGAUAAUAAUUUCAAGAAGGGAGUCAUGAAUUACCUGAACAAGUAUAAAUACUCGAAUGCUGACCACGAAAACCUGUGGGAGAUGCUGAACGAAGCUGUGCCCGAUACGGCGUUGGACUGGAAUGGAAAAAAACUGAACAUUGCCAGUUUUGCAUCCAAAUGGAUUGAACAGAUGGGUUAUCCGGUGAUCGAAGUUAAAAGACUGAACCGUGGAACCGUGAAACUAUCGCAAAAACGUUUCAAACCGGACGAAAACGUCAUGGAGAAAGCGAAAUAUCGGAAUCCGAAGUACGGUUACAAAUAUGAUAGUCCAAUUUGGUAUGCAAACAAUCAAGGCGAAGAAAAGAUGAUAUGGCUUCACGAAGAUGAGGAGAAAACAAUCAACUUGGAUGAAAGUGGACACUUUAUCGUGAACAGCGGCACAAGAGGAUUCUACCGUGUCAAAUACGAUACAGAAAUAUGGGAAGAGAUUAUCAAACAAUUGAAUAGUGAUCAUAAAGAAAUUGAUCUGCACACUCGUAUUCGCUUACUUGCGGACGCGUUCGCAUUGGCUAAGGUGGAUAUGAUCAACUAUGAUAUACCGUUGAAAAUGAGCAAAUACUUGGGCAAGGAAGAUGAAUUCGUUGUUUGGGUUACGGUGUCGGACAGUCUAAGUGGCAUCUUGAAGAAAUUCAGUGGUCUCCCGGAGGCGGAAGAUGCCAAGAAUUUCAUGAAAAGUAUAACUGCACCUCUGUAUGACAAAAUCAACUGGGUAACGUUCGAAACUUCGUAUUUGGAUGACAAGAUGUACAGUCAAAACGAAAUUGAAAAAUAUAUGAUAGGACUGGCUUGUGCUGCUGGAUAUUCAGCCUGUACAAAUAAAAUGGCAACAAUGUUCAAGAACAAAGUAAUGGAUGCUUGUCAGGGUGCGAUCACGAGUGAAUGCGCCAAAAUUGUGCCCACCAUCCGUCUCCGAGUGUACUGUGAAGGUGUGAAAAAUGGUGGUCAGAAAGAAUGGGAUGCUGUGUUGGAGUGGUACAAAGCUGAGUCAGUAAAAGCUGAGAAGGAUCGCCUCCUUUACGCGCUCGCUUGCUCGAAAGACGUCUCCGUUUUGGAAAAGUUUAUUGACAAGGUUGUAGAUCGAAGCCACCCGUUGGUUCGUCUGCAGGAUGUACGAAUGGCGUUCUACAAUUUAGCAUCUGAAGACAGCAGUAAAAAGAUCUUGUUCGAUUAUUUCACGAAAAACUGGAAAAAACUUUACAAAGAGUAA